UCAGUGCACCACAGCCCCCUGUUUUGCGUGUGUUCUCCUCUCCGCUAAAUUUGGCAGCUUUAGAAGACGUUAAAGGGCCAAUUUAGCAGAGGGCUGAUGGUUAAUUAAACACAGAUCGAUUAAUUCGUCGAUAUAACAAUUUAUGUGCCGGGAUUGGAUUCAGAUUUAGUACUGGAAUUCAUCUGAGGAUGUUAAGAUGCCCGGCGGCGAGAACAAAGCAGAGAAUUUUUACGCGGUUUUGGGGCUUAAAUCCGACUGCAGGCCUUCGGAGCUCAGAAAUGCGUACAAGAAGCUUGCCAUGAGAUGGCAUCCGGACCGAUGGUCGGCGUCGGGAAAUGCAAAGCUUGCUGAAGAGUCGAAGAAGAAGUUUCAGGCGAUCCAAGAGGCUUAUUCAGUUUUAUCCGACGACAAUAAGAGAUUUCUCUACGAUGCAGGGGUUUAUGAGGACGACGACGAUGAUGGAAUGAGGGAUUUUCUGGGGGAGAUGAUGGUGAUGAUGAACGAUAGCAAGGCACAGACGAGCGGAUCUGAAAGCUUUGAGGACUUACAAGGCUUGUUCAUGGAAAUGUUUGAGGCUGACCUUAAUGAAUCCCAUACCAAGCCUUCAAUGACUAACAACUGUGGCAGUAAGAGGAAUUGCUUUGGAUCUGUAAGAAUGGAGGACAUGGGAAACCAGAGCUUUAUGAUGGGUACCGGUUCUUCUUUCACAGUCCAAUCAUUUUCUGUUGGGACUGUUAUCUUCUGGUGCAGUCAGAAGAUCCUAAUCCUAGUAGCAAGGGCAAAAGGAGGAAUGGAAGGAGACAUUGAUGAUGACGAUGAUUAUAAUUAUUUAUAUCUAACAUUGGAGAUGCCUAGGGAAGAGGAUUUAACAAUGUGGGUUGUAGGGAGAAAUAAUAAUUGUAGCAGAAAAAUUCAAACAUUUCACAAUCACAUGAUUGUGCCAAUAGGCAACAGGCAUUUUUUCAGUAGCAAUGAUUUAUUUUUCACAGGGUUGGGAGUGUGUUGGUUGAUUGCUUCUCUCAAAGAGAGUAUUUUAAGGUUAGGAAGGUAUUUGGGGAGACAUUUCUUAAUGUUGCCACUGCAUUAAUGCUUUAUUUGAUUUCAAUCAUGUUGUCUCUUUCUGCUUUUUUAA